CUGACAGAUGGAGGAAAGGCUGCUAAAGCCAAGAUCAGCGUCGGGGACGUCGUUCUGUCUAUCGACGGCAUCGCCACAGAGGGAAUGACCCACCUGGAAGCCCAGAACAAAAUCAAAGCUUGUACGGGGAACCUAAACCUCUCACUGCUGAGAUCUUCCAGUGUCGCUAAAAGGGAGACCCCAAAGGAGGAACCACUGGAGAUCAUUAAGCCUGUGCCCAUCAGCCAAACGCCUGCAGCCGCCGCCAGUCUCGCCCCGGGCAGCAACGCGUACAAUAAAACUGCACGGCCCUUCGGCGGGGCCGCUAGCACGGUUCGCUCCGUCAGCCCGUCCCUGACGCCCGUCGCACCCAAAGCCUCCAUCCCCUCCGCAUCUUCUGCAUUCACUCCAGCGGCUCCUUCCCAGCCGCCGCCACCUCAACCACCCUUCCCACUCGGUGGCUCUGCCCACCGGCCAUCUAGCUCCGCCCCUAAACCCGCCCCCUCCGCAAACUUAUCAUCCACGUCCUCAUCUAGCUCCACCCAUAACCCCGCCUCUGGCCGCUCCCCCUUUGCCAACUCGUCCUCCACUUCCUCCUCUGGCUCCUCCUCCCCGGCGAGAGUGACAGCUCCUCCCCCUCCGGCCCCCGUCGUCCCUCAACCCUCCGUCUAUAACACGCCCAUCAACCUCUACUCCAAUGUGAACGCGUGCGAGGUGGCCAUGGGCCAAAGACGUGGCCUGAUGGAGAGUAAAGGCACUGGGGAACAUCAUAACGGAACGGCCCGUAAGCCCGUGUCGGAGCCGGAGCUGAACCACGUGCCUCCGCCCAGUGACUCCAGUAAGAAGCGUCUGAUGGAGGACACGGAGGACUGGCACCCGCGCACCGGCACGUCCCAGUCGCGCUCCUUCAGGAUCCUGGCACAGAUCACCGGCACAGAAAACGAUCAAGCUCAGGAGAACCGGCCUGGAAAGAACGAGGCCGUAGAGGAGGUUCAGUCCAGCUCUCAUGCCACGUCUUCAGUCAAAACUAUGAGCAAAGGUCCCGCUGGAGCUCCUCGACAGGGCAACGGUGUCCCGAGCUGGCAGUCUGCACACACCACAGGGCUUCCUAAAGCAGGUGCACCUGCGCCUCAGACGGGACGGGUCAGCAAAGGGCCCGUGAAGGGACCCGAUCGACCCAAACCUCAAGCUCAUCCCAGUGACCAGGACGAUUCGCUGGUGCAGAGAGCCGAACACAUCCCAGCGGGAACACGGACACCCAUGUGCGCUCACUGCAACAUGGUCAUCAGGGGUCCGUUCCUGGUGGCCAUGGGCAAAUCGUGGCACAACGAGGAGUUCAUCUGUUCCCACUGCCACCGCUCGCUGGCAGACGUGGGCUUCGUGGAGGAGCGCGGGAGCGUUUACUGCGAGAGCUGUUACGAGCAGUUUCUGGCCCCGACCUGCGCACGCUGCCAGCAGAAGGUGCUCGGGGAGGUCAUCAACGCCCUGAAGCAGACCUGGCAUGUGCAGUGCUUUCUGUGCGCCUCCUGCCAGCAGCCGAUCCGCAACAACACCUUCCACAUGGAGGACGGGCAACCAUACUGCGAGACUGAUUACUACACCCUCUUCGGCACCGGCUGUCACGGGUGUGACUUUCCCAUCGAAGCCGGGGACAAGUUCCUGGAUGCGCUGGGGUUCACCUGGCACGACACCUGCUUCGUGUGUGCGGUGUGCAGCACGAGUCUAGAGGGGCAGACCUUCUUCUCCAAGAAAGACAAGCCCUUAUGCAAGAAACACGCUCACACGGUCCAGUUCUGAGCGCUGGACGUCAAAUCGAGGCUGGACGUCAUCUUUUACGAGCGCCAGGUUUAUUGUAGUAUGUGAAUGUUUUUGCUAAGAGAAAUAUUUGCCUUGAUUUUCCUCAACAACAAAAAAGGACACACAUUUACUGCAGAGUUUGUAGAAUAUUGAUUUAAAUAAUGUACACUGCAAAAAAAAAGUAUUUUGUCUUGUUUUCAUGGUUCAAAUAUCUUUACAUUCAUAAAUGAAGAUACAUAUUGCUUGUACAUUGAGAAGUAAAAUGACUGAGGUCUCGUUUUAUGAAAAAUGCAUCAAAAGUGAGUUUGCGCUUAAAACAUUCAAAACAAAGUCAGAAAACUCAUUCACGGGGAAAGAUAUCUGUUUGGACACAUUCUUUGAAAAAUAUUUCUUCAUGCCUUAAAAUAGCUUUACUUUGAACUUUUUUGAAAGCAAUGCUUAAUAGCUUCUCCAGUAAUCUUGAUUUAGGAAUGUUUCAAUAUUUGCACUGAAUAAGAAUCAUUGUUUCAGAUGUUUUUGGAGGUCCUCAUGCAGCUUGAGAUCAGAUCUGUGUUAACUGCAGUAUUUCAGCUUCAGUGUUGCGUUGUGGAUGUGUUUGUCCAGCGUUACACAGGUGUGUAAAGAGCACUUCUGUGACUCUGAGGAUAUAUAGUUCAGCUUCUCACACGACUGCACUGGUGGCCCAGUGUAAAGCUCCACACACACACACACACAGCUCUAUUUAUGCAGGUAUAUUUAUUGAGGCAGGAGCCAUGAUGAUGAUUUCUGGGGCUUUCCAGGGGCUCUGCACUUAUUCACGGCACAGAACGGUGAUAUUUAAUGUUUUAUGUGAUAUUUCUGUGCUCCAUCUGUCUGUGUACGGUUUGUGGGAUAUCUGAUCGUCUAAGUGCCUUGAUUACAACUUUAUUUGUGCUCAAAUUAUGAUUAAUAUAGAGAAACAUAUUUCUUUUUUUUUCUUCUUAUUUCUUUUUUUAUAAUCUUUAGCUCUUGUUUUUAAGCUAAAAUGGGUUGGUGGUUCAAUUGCAUCUUUAUUCUCAUUCUUGAUGUUGUAGUUUCCUGUAAUGCAUUAUUAUGAGACGGGAUGAAUAAUAAAAACACUGUUCUUAUCAAA